AGAAAUAAAAGCAUUAACUUCCAAGUUUCCCGGCUCAGGAGUUGGAGUUGUGAAUGGUGUCACUAUAAAAACCAAUGUGCUCAAUUCACUCAACGCCUUAGGUCAGUUGGGAUACAAGAUUAUUUCCAGCACCGGAGAAACAGAAAUAACUUGGACAUUACAAAGAGACAUCUAAUUUGUUCAUCAACUUCUUUUCAUUUUAAAACAUCACUCAAUUCAUUUUGUCAUAAUGGAUCAUAAUACUGAAUGUAAUCAUGCCAACUGUUCUGUCAAAAAUACCAAUAAUUCUGUUUGUCAGACUAUUUCUGAAAUGGAUUGGGAACGAGGAUUAUGGAAUGCAGCUUUUAGUGGGGAUGAAGAGAAAGUUAGUAUGUUGAUAAAUAAAGCUAGGGAAGCCCGAGAAAUAGUUAAUACAGUGGACAAUGCUGGCUAUAGUCCACUACAUUAUGCAGCCCGUGGUGGACAUGUCAAUAUUUGUGACAUCCUGUUAAGAAAUGGUGCAAUCAUAGAUGCAGAAACCCGUAGUGGUAAGGCAACACCGCUACACAAAGCUGCAGCGGCAGGAAAGAUAACUACAGUACAAUUUCUUAUAAAAAAUGGAGCUCGUGUUGACAAACAAGAUAUUGAUGGACAGACAGCACUUCAUAAAGCUAUUCAGAACAAAAGAUAUGACUUAAUUAAAACACUAACAGAUGCUUGCCCUCAUAUAAAUAAUAUACGAGAUAAUAAAGGUAAUUUACCAGAUCCCUCUUUAUGUUAACUCUGACAUGUUAUGAUUAGUAAAACUAACAAUAAGAAGGAUAAUAUAUACAAUUAACAGUCUUGCAUUCACUCAACUAAUUACGAAGCCUAUCAUUUCUUACUAUAAAUGCCAUAGUCUUCCGGAAACUUUUUAAAAAUCAUCUUCAACAUUUCCCAUAAUAUGUUUUGUUAUAAACACCUAAUACGUAUAAAUAUGAUGAUUU